CAUCACGACCGGACCUGGAAAAUCGAGCAGAUGGGAUUAGCAUGUGUUAGCGUGCUAGUUUUGCUCUGCGGGUGUUGCAUGCUAUUCUGUGGCGCUCUGAGUGUUAUAUGAGCGUAUCAUUUAUAUGAGCGUAGCAUUUAGCUUCCGCUACCACUCGCUGUUUGUCGGCAGCAGUAGCAGCUGCUGGUUACCGGACUCGACUGAUCUGCGUCUGAUCGCUGCUAGCGAUGCUACAAACAGAUCUGAAAGCGCUAACAUCGUCUUUUGUUAGCUUUUGUUAGCUUGUCUGCUCGCAUGAGAGUGUGAGCGUGUGAAGUACGGUUGGAGUUAGCCCCGACAGCCAGGACACAAAACAGAGGGCGAAAUGUACAACACCACAUCAAAUCCUGUUAGCGGCGGGGGAGUCGGCGCUAACGCAGCGGCCGCUAGCCGGCUAGCCUCUUGCAGCAGACGCCGCAAAAGGAAUGAAAGAAAUAAAGGAAAGAAAGGGCAGAAAAGACGAGCGGAGGGAUGAGAAGACCGCCGGAGGUCACUCCUUCGCCCAUCAAAGAUGGCGACCCCGGUUGUGGCGGAAAGUCGGCGCUGGGAGCUGAUCCGGUUGAAGGCUAGAGAGCACCAGCGCCUUUCGUAUGACUCACCUGCCAGCGCUCCUCUGACCCCUGACCCUGUGUCCCCUGUGUCCCCGUCCUGUACCCCACGAUGAGCGUUCGAAUGCGUGGCUGCCAUGGAGACCUGCCUGGCCGGUUUAACGAGGACGCCCCCCGUCCCCCUGUCCCGGGAGAAGAGGACAGUGUCGGUUUCCCCUCCGCUCACUCCCCGUACCCCUCCAAGCUGGACUAUUCGUCUGCCACCCCGCGGCGUUCGGACCUGGACCUGGGCUUCGAGCCCGAGGGCAGCGCCUCACCUGCCCCUCCUCACCUGCGCUGGGCGGAGUCUCUGCACUUCCUGCUGGACGACCAGGAUGGCACGUCGCUGUUCCGGGCGUUCCUGCUGCAGGAGGGAUGCUCAGACUUGCUGGACUUCUGGUUUGCCUGCAGCGGCUUCCGGAAACUCCCGGCGACGGACGGGCAGGACGGGCGGAGGCUGAAGCUGGCCAAAGCCAUCUAUAGAAAGUACAUAGCGGAUAACAGCAGCGGCGUCGUGGCGAGGAAAAUCAAGCCAGCGACGAAGACCUUCAUCCGGGAGUGUGUGUGCCGCGCCCAGGUGUGCCGGGCCCUGCUGGACUCGGUUCUGUUUGAGCAGGCCCAGGUGGAGGUUCAGGCUCUGAUGGAGGAGCACACCUACCCGCUCUUCCUGAAGUCGGACGUGUACCUGGCCUUCGCCCGCCGCUCCAGCGCCGACCAGCAAAGUCCCCGCCUCUCCACCUCCCCCGGCAACCAGGAACUGCCAUUACCGGGGUACCUGCCCACGCUGAUGGAGGAUAAGGAGUGGGCGGAGCCAGUAGAUACAGGGCACGGCCCAUCUGGUAAACUCACCCAGAAGCUGCUAAUGGAAACCGCCGCCCACCGCAGCACACCCAAUCAAAAGAGGCCUGACCACUGGGAAGCCAGGUUUGGUGUGAGGGAGUUAGUAAACCCGUAUUAUGUAAACAGUGGGUUUGCUUGUGCACCAGCUGCCAGCGCCAACGACUCCGAACUCCAGAGUCUGUCCAGCGACGCAGAUACCAUCUCUCUGACGGACAGCAGUGUUGAUGGUAUUCCUCCGUACCGUUUUCGGAAACAGCAGCGCAGGAAUAUGCAGGAGAGCGUUAAAGCCAACGGACACGUCCCCCUACCUCACAUACCUCGGACGCAUCGAUUGCCAAAGGACAUCCAUGUAGAGCCACAGAAGUUUGCGGCAGAGCUGAUCAGCCGCCUGGAACUGAUCCAGAGGGAGAGAGAAAACCAAAGGAAGCUGGAGGAGAAGCUGCACAGAGUCCGCAUGGAAGAAGAGUGCGAGGAUGCUGACGUUUCCACGGUGACCUCGUUGCCGGGUCCUUGUCUCCGUUACCAUGGCAGCAGUGUGGGUCAGUGGGGUGAAGAUGCGCAGGCCAUUUUGGACGAGCACCUGCAGCGGGUCAUGAAGAGUCCGGGCUGUCAGUCACCCAGAAACCCUGCACAUGCACACAUGGACUUGCAUCGCUAUGGGAACGGAGGGCGUUGCUACAGUGAUGGCGCAGGCAUCAUGCCAGGGGCCAAUCAUUCCAAUCAGAGCGAGGCAUUGGGUUACAGCAACAGCAGGGGCAACUCAUUAUCUCGCCGUAGUGCGAAAGGAAACAGCGACGGUGGGCGUGGUUUUGAUGGGCGUGGCUUGGAGCUUCCAGAAGAUGCAGAGCAGAAACAGAAGAUCCUACAGUGGAUGAUGGAGGGCGAGAGAGACAGUGGACGCUACAGAAAGAGCACUAGCUCGUCCAGUGUUCGUCCAGGGUGGGGUGGUGCAUCCAGUGACCGCUAUGAUCCAGUCCCCAGCACCAGCCAAACAGAAGAGGGUAGGCGGAGAUCUGCACCGCAACACACCAAGCAGAGGUUAAAGUCCAGCUCCAGCAGGAAGGCUGCAUGUGAGAACAUCACCGUGGCAUAUUACUUCUGUGGAGAACCGAUUCCGUACAUGACGUCCGUUAAGGGCAGGGUCGUCACCCUCGGACAGUUCAAAGAGCUUCUGACCAAGAAGGGAUCUUACAGGUUUUACUUUAAGAAGGUGAGCGAUGAGUUCGACUGUGGGGUCGUCUAUGAGGAGGUCAAUGAGGAUGACGCCGUUCUGCCCAUAUUCGAGGAGCGAAUCAUCGGGAAAGUCGAGAAAAUCGACUGAAUGGACACAAACCUCCCAAACGGACUGAAAACCACACCUACACUACCACACGAGUGUUACACUACCACACACACGAGUGUUACACUCCACACGUUCGCCCGAUGGGUGUUCACUACCAAACAGUGUGUUCAUCUACAACACACUUAGUGUAUCAGUGUUUCACACAGUCAGUGUUCCCGAUUCACAGAGCAUCAAUAAAGCAUGCAGCUACGCUUCAAAUCUAACCUCUUCUAAAAUAAUACAUACCGGUUUUAUUCACAACAGGCUCUUUUAGAUGCAGUAAUAAACCUUAAUCCUAACACCUCCUAAGUCUAACAUACUGGAGGUGUCGUCCUGAUCCACCCUGAUGUUAAUCCUGUUACACUCUGCGUGAAAUACAGUAAUACAUACUGGAUGUGUUAAGCGUAGCACGCUAUGUGAAAUGUGGCAGUACACACUGGCUGCAUUAAGUGAGACCAAACUGCGCAACGUAUUUUAAUACAGACUGAUUGUGUUCACAGUGUGAAAUACUACAGUGUAAUACAUACUGGUUGUAUUUCACAUUUAUCUCACACGUGUUAAUAGAAAUUGAUGGCAUUAAUGAAAACAGUACAGUACAAUACAGUAAUACAUACUGGUGGCAUUAAUCCUAACGCAUGAUAUGUAAUAGGAUAAUACUGGUGUUGUUAAUAGUAAUACACUGUGUGAAAUACACUAAUACACACCGGAUACAGUAACAGUAGCAUGCUAUUUAAAUAGAAUAAUACGUACCGGAUGUUUUAAAAGUAAAACGCUGUCUGAAUGCACUAAUGCACAUCGGAUACACUAAUGGUAACUUUCUGUUUAAAUAGAAUAAUACAUACAGGAAGGCUUAAAAUGAACACACUGUGUGAAAUACACUAAUACACACCGGAUACACUAACGGUAACAUGCUAUUAAAGGAGGAUAGUAUUUACUGGCUGUGUGAAAAACAACACACUGUGUGGAAUAGAGUAAUACACACUGGGGUGUGUGUGUGUGAGACUCUUAUUUUGAAAUUUUACCUUUUUUUUAUUUUGAAUUUUGGAACACAAUGGCGUCCACCGGAGUGUUUGUUUACCAAAUCUGUGUAUUUUUGAUACUGCACUCGUGGGAGGCGUGUGUGUGUGUUUUUAUAAUGUUAGGACUUUUAUUUUGAAGCUGAGCUGAGCCCCGCGGUGUGCGGAUUCGCAGCUGCUUUGGUCUUCCACUACUUUUGCCUCCAGUGAUUAAAAAAUAAUAAUAUUAAUAAUAAUGAUUUUAAUGCACACACUCCAACAGCUGGACCAUUUUCAACAUUUUUUUAUUUGUAUUUUUUUUUCUUCUUCUUCUUCUUGUUUUUUUUAUGUAACCGUUAUCUAAAUACACUCGUGAUUUCCCAUAGGGGAUAAAGGGAAGUGAUUGGUCGAGCCCGAGGUACUAUAGACACUACAGCAGAGCGGGGGUGUCACUGAUACACUCACUGUUCCAGGAUCAGCUUUAAUUCUGCAUUUCAGUGCUUUAUUAUUAUUUCAUUUUCUUGUUUUUUUUAGUCAUUGUUAUAAAAAUCAAAUAAAAUUCUUGAACACUAAACCAAA